AUGCUUCUUCUGAAAACUGCUGCUUUGUGCGCUUUCGUCAAUAUCUGCACCUUUCAGUACAUCCCAUUGAGCAUAGUGAUAAUUCGACCAAGUCGAUUUAUCAAGCUCGACACAAAGAUAGAGGAGGGUCUACGCAGUGCUAUCCAUAAUCUCUCGAAAAUAGUAUCUAUCCUGGAUUACGGACAAAGAAAAAUCACUCGAGGACGUAUUUUAAAGUGCUUACCCACAUUCAAGGACAUCGAAUCGGUGGAAGUUACAGAGAAUGGAGUUGACAGAAUCAUGCUCUUCGAGAGGUUUACUCUUGCAACCAGGGGUUUCGUGAUACUAUUACAGAACGAUAAGAAGAAGUGCAGGAAACCGACAACAUUAGCCUCAGCUAAGCCUUGUGGAGUUGACAGCAAACGUCCACUUAUGGGCCUUUUGAACGUAUGCACUGGAAGAAGGUGGAGUCGUUUCUUCGCUGGAGUGGACCUCUUCAGACAUGAGCUUCUGCAUAGCCUGGGCUUUGGCAUGAUUCUUCCAGCCACAUCCUACCAGAGGGGCCCACACAGUGUGAUAUAUAACUGGACACAUCCAUGGAGUAUGACUUCAAAAAGUCUUGCAAAACGUCAAUUCCUUGAUUUCUCUGGGAAAGCACUGAGAGAAGCCAGGAUGCAUUUUGGAUGUGACACACUCGCUGGGAUUGAAGCCGAUACGGCCAAUAAAAUUCAUCUCAACGAGUACAUCUAUGGGAACGAGCUAAUGACACCAAAUCUCUCAAAUGUGUCCAAUCCGUUCUCUUACAUCAGUGCUGCAAUCCUAGAGGAAACAUAUCUCGGAGACAAGCAAUGGUACCGUAUAAACCGUUUGGCUAUUCGCGCUGAACACGAUGCACUGUGGUACGGUAAAGGAUGGGGUUGCACUUUCGCCGAGCGAAGCUGUUUCGAAUUUAUUGCAGAGCGUCUCAGAACAGGAAGAUCAACAUUUCCUUUUUGCUCACAGCGGGAUUAUGAGCAGGAUCGGCAAACCAAGUAUAAGGUGAAGCUUUCGUCUGGUCAAGUGAAGUCAUACAAGGAAAGUUGUUGGUUAGCAGAUGUACGCAGGGACAUCGCUGAUAACGGACUAUUGGCAUACACUUUGUCCGAAAAAUCGUACUCUUCUCUUAACCACCGUAUUGGCUCCACCGCUGCUUUCAGAUUUUGCCCAGUAGCAUCGGUAACACUGUCUGGUAUCAUACGCUAG